AUGGUAAGUAUAAAUUAUCAUUAUAAUUAAUUUUUAAUAAGUAUGUUUUUUGGUAAUACCAACUAUAAAUACUAGUUUUAACGUAAAUAAAUAUACUUAAUUUAUAUAACAAUUAAAUUACUCCAUCAAAGUGUCCUCCGACCUACACUUUGUAUUAUAAAUUUCGGCUAUUGAUUUAUUUAAACUAAUUGUUAAUUUUAUUAAAAUAUAAUUAUUUAUAAUACCUACACAUACAAUUUAUCUACAAGAUUUUAAAAUUUCUUAUGCCGUUGAGUAAGGAAAUAAGUAGUAUUUAACGCAGACCUUACUGGUAGGUGGGGAGGAGGCAGAAUAUAUAUUAAAUAUUAUACGUAGAUAACAUAAUUGAAUAUUAUUUCGGUUAUUACUUAUGAGUAGAGUUCGUAUUCAAGGACAAUAUUAUCAAUAAAAAACCAUUUCAAAUGUUAAUAAAGGCAAAAAAAACCCCCAUUUAAUAUAUAUAAAAAGCAAUUACAAAAAUUUACUAAAAAAUUAAAUAGAUUUCAGUUGAAUUAACUAGUUUGUAUAAAAAAAAAAAAAUGCACUACCAUGUACUUAAAUAAAAUGUCUUCAGUAAAACGUUGACAGUUUGAACUCAAACAAUUUUUGUAUACAGAAAAUAAUCGUUCUAUGUUCACUGAAGAUAUUGUGACAUUUUUCAUACACAAAUAAUUAUCUAAAUUAUGAUUAAUAAUUAUUAAAUUGUCGUUGUCAUUACCAUCAAAAAAGACAUUUAUAAGUAAAAAAGGUCAAACAGUUGAUAUUGGGGACGGAUGCGGUCACUUUUUUAGGUGAGUAGUGAGGAAGGUGAAACCUACAUAAAGUUAUUUAAUUUAUAUCUGUAACGAUAAACCAUUGAUAACGAAAAACGAUUCGAAGCAAAGUUCAGUUAUACAUGUUUUGAAAAGUCGUAAUAUUUACGAUUUUUAUCAAAAUUUUAUAUUAAAAUUUCUUUAUAAAAAAAAAUAUUACUCAAAGCUCAAGUUUUUUCUUUGACCACAAAGUUCGACAUUUAUGGAACCUACUGUCAAAUUUUCAAACAUUUCUAUUUAAUCUUACAAUUUUAUUUACAGAGUACCUACUGAAUAAAAAUUAUGUAUAAAACUUGCAAAAUUAAAAUGUCUAUAAUUAACUCAAAAAUGGAUCAAAUAUUUUGAAAAAUUGACGACGUCUAGAAAAAACAAAUAUAAAGUAAAUAAUAAAAAAAAAAGGACGGACAUACUUCGCACGUGGGUGUAGCCACUGUUGGAGGUAGGAAGUUGGGAAGAUAGACUACAUUAGGAAUUUAAUGUAAAUCUAUAAGCAACGAUAUACAAUUUUAAGCCGUGUUCAGUUGAUAAUGUUGCUUGUCAACAAUAUAAAUAUACAAUUUGUGGUAUUACGUCAUAUUAUGGUAAAAUUACUAAAACAAUGUGCAUUUCCAAGACAAAAAUGAUUGUUUAUAAAAGAUUAAAAAACUUAAUGAAAACAAAAAAUAAUUAAAAAUGGUUGCCAAUAACUACCUUAUUUUUAAUCUUUCGAUAUUUUUAACCUAAAGACUAAGGUUUUUCUCAUUAUCUCGAAUAUUAAUAAAAAUUUCAAAAAAAUGACCUCUUUAAAGUACCACCCAGAGAAAAUUUACUUUCAUUAAAGAUAAUGUACUUGAUAAUCGGAGUAUGCUUUCUAGCAGAAAAAGUGUUCGCAUAAAAAAAAUAAACAUUGGAAAUCCAAUACAUUCCUCGUUCCACUCAGAAUCUAAAAGUAAAUAUAAGUUUUCUGUCAAAAUUUUAAAUCUUUAUGAAUAUAUUAAAAUAAAUUACAUUAAAAAAAACAAAACUAAAGACAAUAAAAGAUUUAAAGAAUAACAAUUUUCAUUCAUUUUCAUUUUCAUUUGUCUGUUUUAAUUUUACGUUUUUUUUCAGUGUUUUCCUAAUUAUUAAUAAAACUAUAGACUUAAUAAUAACUUUCUUAUAAACUAGAUUAAAAAUGCAACAAUAAAGGUCUCUUGUCGUUUAUCCAUUGGAGCAAUAUUUUUGAUAGAAAACAUAAGCCAUACAAAUUUAAAAUCAUAUUUUAAAUUUGCUGUGCCAUAAAUUUGAAAAAAUCGUAUAUUUCGUUUUUUUCUUGUUUUUUUUUUUUCUAAUUAUUAUGAAAAAUACUUUAGAUAUCAAAAAUGACAUACAUUGUCACUUGCGAAAUAUUAUAAGGAACAAAAUCAAUAUUUUGUCAUUUUUGGAUUGGAGUAAUAUUUCCAGUAGAAAACACCGUGUUAAUAUAAUAAAAACAAUGAAAAAGGUGCGGCGCGCAGUAAAUAUUUGCGUUUUAUCUAUACUUUUCUUUCCGGUUUUUCCCAUUUAUUUCAAAAACCUUAAAGAAAAUUAAAAAAUUACAUCCUCAAUGCUUAAAUGGGAGAAAAUUACCUUUCAGAAAAGGUGCUAUAAUCUAUAUUUCGGUGCAAGUUUUUUGGUAGAAAAGUUGUUCACAGGCAGAAAAACAAUACAUUUAAUUUAAUAUAAUAAUUGCGAUUUUACAGUUUUUGGAUAUAUUGAGAAAAUACUUAUUUGAAUGAAAACUUAGACAAAUAUAGCCUUGCCAAAUGUAAACUUUGUUUAGACGAUAAUAUUGUAUUAUUGUUAUUUGUUAUGUAGGUAUAAUGAUACUUGUUAUAAUUAUGUGUAUGAGUACUCAGCCAAUUAAAGAUAAAUAAUAAUAACUAAUAAUUAUAAACCUAAAACAGGACACUUGAAUGUUUAUAAUAAUAAUCACCUAUAUGUAUAAUAUUAUUAAUAUUAUCAUUGAAUUCAUUAAAAUAUUUUGACAUUUAGUGGAUAUCUGUAAGUAGUAUUUUUUUUAUAUACACUAUACAGGUAUCUUUACAGUUGUUAAAUUGUAUACACAAAAAUUUCACGUGAACAAUGUUCUUAAACGAAACGAUUUAACAAUACGAAGAAAAAACUAUAGAUUAGAAAAAUACACUACUUAAAAAACCAUAUCUCUGUAAAAUAUAAAAAAUGUUAAAAUAAAUUGCAGUUAACUGUCUUUAUAAAACACAAAAAUAAUUCAAGAGUUGAUUAAUAUUAUUUGCAGUGAAUUGAAGUAUUUGACUAUAGUAUUUGACCACUAUAGGAAUAUUUGUAUACAAAAAGAGUUAUAUUCUACAAAUAUUACUUAUCUAUGUUUACAUUUUUGAGCUAAUUAAUAAAUGACGUUAAUUUUUGAAAUCCAUCAUAUAAAAGUUACGUACAAAAACGAAUUCGCUCAAGGCUUACCUUAUUACUAAUAAGAUAAUAAGUUAUUAUCUAUGCGAUUUCCAUAAAACAAAUACAAAUAAUUUUCUUCUUUCCGGAGAUAUCACUAGGUAUUAUUUUUUUACGCUUUAAAAUAAUAAUAUAAUCAGUGGUUUUCUCAUAGGGUAUAGUACACAUAGACCUCUAGUGAUAUCGUUGUAUAUUCCCAAAAUUUUGCUGAAAAAUCACGGGUACCUAUCGUAUCGGGUAUACUGCGUACACUAUCAAUAAUUAAACAAAAUCGACAAAGCCGCGGAAUAUUUGUCCACUUUUCCCAUAUUAUUAUGAAAACCUUUGGAAAAUCAAAAAAUGACUUUCCCAAUGCACAAACUAGAUUCAAAAUGCAACAAAAAAAUUAUCUUGUCAUUAUUCGAUUGAAGCAAGUUCCCUGUUCAAAAAGCUGCUCAUAGACAUAAAAAAAAAAAUAAUAAUAAUUAUGGCUUUUUUGAUUGACUUCAUUAUAAUAAAUAGGUAGGCAAGUAUUAUGUACAUAAAAAGAGCUGAUACUGAUGAUGAAUGUGUCGUUGUUUUAUGUGAGAAGUUGGGAAGAUAGAAUACAUAAACCUACAAUUAUUUCAUUUUUAUCUACACGUAAGAAUUAAUCAUUGCUGAUGAAAUUCGAUUAUGAGCGAAGUUUUAUUAAAAAUGUUUCAAAAUGUCGUAACUUAUAUGAUUUUCAUUCAAAUUUGAAUUUAAAACGCUCAUUAUUUUUUUUUCCUUUGCUUAAUAAUUAGAGCUCGGAUUUCUGUGUGAAAAUGAAUGUAUGCACAACCACGAGAGUAAGAUAUGUCAACAGAUAUGUACAAAGAAUCUGUAUAUAAAAUUUGAUUUUGAAUAAAAUGCAUAUUUUGAUGUUAAGAGAAUAUAUUCAUAUAAAAAUCAUUUUUGGUACACCUAUUUGACUUAUUAAAAAUGUGUGAAUUGAAAUAUUUCUAGGAAUCAAAAACUUAUAUACAUUUCAAUCGCUGUAAUCAAUUUUUUCUAUUUUAUAAUGUAUCUAUUCAAUUUACAGGCCUAUCCAAAGUCAGUAUGGCUCAUUAUCUGCAACGAAUUUUGUGAACGAUUUUCUUACUAUGGACUUCGAAGUAUGUAUCAUUUAAUAUUAUUUAUAAAAGUAUGUACAAACAAACAAGACGUAAUAGUAAAUAAUAGCGAUUUUUUUCAUUGGUUUCUUCGAUAUUUAAGACAAGUAUUUGUACCUAAUUAAUAUCGAAAUUGAUAUGAUUAUAUAAGUAUAAAUUUCACUAUUUUAUCAAUAGUUAAUAAUGAUAAAACAUGGUAAAAUAUUAUUUAUUUUAUGCUUAUCAAACCCUCAAAUUUGCUGAUUUCUAUAAUAAAUAUAAUUAGUAACAUAUGUAUAUGUACAAAAAUUAAAUUUGUUUAUUUUAUUAAUAUUAUCAUAUAUUUUAUCCUGUUACAGCUGUAUUGGUAUUAUAUCUUACAUCAAUAUUACGAUACGAUGACGAUGAAUCUACUGUUAUUUAUCACAUGACUGUUUUCUUGGCUUAUUUUUCACCGUUAUUUGGAGCGAUUUUAUCCGAUUCUUAUUUAGGAAAAUUCAAGUACGCUUAUUAUUUAAAGUGUAAAAGUAUGUAUAUAUAAACAAUUUUAAACAGACAUAACAAAAAUUGGUAGGUUGUAAGUGUUAUAAAUUUAUGAUAAUGAUCUGUCAGUUCCUAUAAUGUCCUAGCUCCUAACAAAAUAUUAUUAAUAAUUAUUAUACAAUAUAUUAUAAAAUCAAUGGUAUUAAAUUAAAUUCUUAUAUUAUAUUAGAAGGAAAAGUAUUAAUAUUUUCAUAUUUUUAUUUUAUUUAGUUCAUCGCCAUCUGUUGUACCUGUGCAUAAAACAUAAUAUAAAAUUCAACUCAAUUUUGUUAAAUAAUGGUAACCGUAUAUUCUGUUUAGAUUUCUUUGAUGGAAUUUUAAUAGGUACCUAACUGAAAUAAAAUAAACGAACAAAUUCGAGUUUAGUACUUUAUAAAUAUAAUAAUUAAUAAGACUUACACACAAUUGUUUUAGAUUUUGAGCGAUGCGAGGAAUGUUUUGGUUUUACAAUAAUGUUUAUUAUUUAUUUAUUUUUUAUUUUUUUAUCUGUGAACCACUUUUCUACCAGACAUUUUGCUCCGAUUUUCAAGUGUAACGCCUUUUCUGAAAGUCAAUUUUAUCUACUUAGUAAAUACAUAGGUCAAUUUUUGAUUUUCGAAACGGUAUUUAAAAUAAAAACGAUUAACCGGGGAAAAAAAUACGAUUUUUUCAUGAUUUUGUUAUUUUAAAUAAGUACCUACCACGUUUUCUCCAAUUAAAAAACAAGAGGCUAUAUUUUUGUUGAUUUUUUUUUAAUAAGCGUUUUGAAAUCAAAUUUAAACGAAAAUCGCAAAAUAAAAUACGGCACUUCAAUUUUUGUAGUACCGAACUGCGCUCACAGAUAUAAAUGUGUUUACAAACAUAAAUGAAAUAACCUUAUCUUAUGUAUCCUACCUCCCCAACUUCCCAUCUACAACAGUGGCUGCACCCGUCCCCAGUAUGUGCUCUUUAUUUAUUUUUAUGAUUUAUAAAUAAAUAAACAUUUUAGACUAAAACAAAGAAGUUAGAUCCCCUACCUAUUAUUAGCUUUACAACAUUUUUUUUUUUUUUUAUUAUUAAUUUCUUAGCAACAAUAGAUUAAAAAGCUAUACUUUGUCAGAACCGUUAUAUUUUACGAUGAUUUAUUGUUGCAUAUACAUUACACUAUAUAAACUAAAUUAACUUAUGUGUAUUUUACCUUUCCAGCUAACCGCCUAUAAAAAUGGCCUCCCCCCCCCCCGUAGACUGUGUUUUACUUACUAAGGAAUUUUAUUUUUGAAUGUGCAAUAUUCGCACUCCCUACCCUCGUAAUAUAAAUCUGAAUCCACCUCUGAUUCUACCUAUAGUGAUGAUAUCUUAUGUAAAGGAAAAAUUGUAUGAAGACAAGCUAGCCUAUUACAACAUCCGAAACAAUAAGAAUAGACACUCAUGGGAGGAGGCAACAAAAGUUACAAACUCACAAAUAUGGAAGGAUCCAAAGGUUAGGUAAGAAAAUUUACCCCCUGGUAGCUACUUACCAUGGAAAACAUGGAAGACACUUAAUAGAAUAAAAACCGAAACUGCAUGGACUCCUCAUAAUAUGAAGAUUUUUAAAAUGAAAGAGGACGAGAAAUGCGAGUGUGGCGAGGAACAAGAUACAGACAAUCUGUUUACAUGCUCACUAUUACCGGCUAAGUGUAGAAAAGAAUAAUUUCUAAUAACAAAUUAUAUUACAGACCAGGCAGUACUCGAAUCAGUUUUCUUGGGUCAUUUGUCUGGGGCUCGGCCCUAAGUUUAUUUUAAAGGUGCCCGGGUCUAUAAAAAAAAUUUUCCAUUACCUUUAAAUAAUAAAAGCGCCUGAAUGAAUAAGUUUUCCUCAGGCCCGAAAAAGCUGAGGACGGCUUUGAUCAUAGAGUGAUACAAAUCACUACUUAUUGAAAAGGAAAGGGAAUAUAAAACUGAAGACCGACAUGAAAGAAGAAGAAUAGUACAAUUUUAUACUAAAUGUUGACUUUAAACAAUACUAUUUGUCGUCUCUAUUACGAAAGGUACCGUGAAGUUAUUCAGACUUCCUCCCACAGACAAAAUGGUGUUGUCUACUAUAGGGUAAAUUUCUCCACCCUAUAGAAACAAUACCUUAUGCCUACUGGAAUCACCCAUCUAAGUUUUCCAUCGGUAACAGGUCGAGAUUCGGUAUCAUUAUAUGCCCCCUGAUGUAACUUUUGUAAAGUAAUCAAAAGUAAUUAUUAAUUAGUUUAUGCCCCUAUUGUUGUAGGGCACAUACAUACAAAUCAAUUUUAAAAGAUAGUCGACAAAUUGUAACCCCAUAUUCCCCUCUAAAUAAGUCAUUGCUUAUCCAUAGUUAAAAGUAUAUCAUCUUUUUUGUUAUUUAUAAUUAUUAUUACAUUGUAUAAUAUAUAUUCAUGAUAAUAUAAUGCAUUAUUUUUUUUAGAACAAUAUUGUAUCUUUCAAUAGUUUAUGCGAUUGGGAAUUCAGUCGUUACUGGAGCAUCCAUGGCAUCUUCAUUCAGCUUGAGUGAUCAAAGGUACACAUUUACUAUUCAUAAAUACAUUUUAAAUAUUUAAGCGAAUCAUUUUUUUAUAUUUUAUAAUAACAAAAUAUUCAUAAAAUAAAAUCUUAUUCUAUAGAAACUUAGCACUACUGGGAUUAAUUCUCAUUGCAAUUGGCACAGGUGGUAUAAAACCAUGUGUUUCAUCAUUUGGAGGCGACCAAUUUGACCUCCCUGCUCAAGAAGUUUAUUUACAAAAGUUCUUUUCCAUAUUUUACUUUUCUAUCAACGCAGGCUCCCUAAUCUCGGUAUUCUCAACUCCGGAACUAAGAGAAGGAGUUCAAUGUUUUGGUCGGAAUUCGUGUUUUCCAUUGGCAUUUGGUGUACCAGCUGUACUAAUGAUAGUAUCAAUACGUAAGUAAUAUUUAUUAGUAAAUUUUCAAAUAAACAUAUUUUAUAUAUAUUUGUUUGUUAAAUAAACAGUUUUAUGUAAAAUGAGUUUCGAUUUCCUCCAGUUAAUGUAUUAAUAUAGUAUUAAAUAGGUAAGUUAGGUUAACAAUUUAAAAAAAUUUCUCUAUGAAUUUUAUCCAAUUCAUAUUAUUUAAAUUAAAUAAUUGUUAUUUUGAUCAAUAGAUUAAUAUGAAACAAUGAAUAGUAAUUUAAAAAUAGAUUUACCUAAAAUUAAAUUAAAUUUUUUUUUUGUAAUUUGUAACAAAUAUAAGAUGGAUAACUGUUUGAAAAGUAAAUAUUUACUAUAAACAAAGUACUUAAGAGCGAGGUAUUAGGAAGUAUUAGGUAUGGGAAGUAUUUUAAAAGUAGUAAACAUUCAGUAAAUUUUGAUUCAAUUCACCACAAAUUUUUGCUAUUAAUUAUUGGUGUUUCAUGAGAAAAAUCUUCCUGCAUUUGGAGUUAAACGAUAAUACUUUAAAAGCAAACUCCAUUAAUGAAAAGCUGUCUUAUGAUAAUGGGGGUGGUUGCUGCUACUAUUGUAGGUGGGAAGUUGGGAAAGUAGGAUAUAGAAGGAAAUUUAAUGUACACCUGUAAGUAACGAUAAACCAUUGCUAACCAAAAAAAAACGAUUAUGAACGGAGUUCAGUUAAUAGUGAUGCUUUGUCAACAAUAUAUAUGUAUAUAUAAUAUUAUGGUUAAAUAAUUAAAUAGGCAUUAUAUAUUUUCUUUCAUAGUAUUUGUUUAGUUUUGUACAGAUUUUCCUGUUUUUCCAAUUUUAAAGGUAAGACGAUUACACAUGGCCUAGCGUUAAUGUUUUUUCGAUGUUUUAAUUUUUAAGCAAGAUAUAAUCAUUUUUAAAUUGUAAUAUUUAACAUAACCAUACUUCAUUUAAAAAUAAAAAUAUCUAAAAAUCAUCUACGCCAAAGUAUAUACAAUUGUUUUACCUUUAAUUUUAGUAAUAGGUCAAUUUAUUUUAAUAGUAAAAUAAACAGCACAUGAUGUUCUUCUGAACGCGAAUUUACUUGCUCACUUUUGUAAGACGAAGCGAGUAGAUGUCGAUGUGGCGUCUUUUUAAUAUUCAAAAAUCGAACAAUAAAAUAAAUGUAAAAUAUAUACCUAUAAUGUAUUAUAUGUACCUAUAUAUUAUAUUAUCGUAUUACCACUAGUGCCGUUAUUACCUGAUGAUUUUAUGAUUUUUUUUUAAUCGAAAACGAUUAUAGAUACCUAAAAAUACUUAUAAAUAUGUAUGUAUUUUAUAUGUAUAGGUAUAAUAUUUUACAAUUUAUUUUAUUGUUAUAAUACAUUGAUAAAUUAUGAAAUUUAUACAUGGGUACAUAUAUGUGUGAAUUUAGUAAUAUCUGGUAAAUCCUAAAUCUCUGCUAUAAUCAUUAUUAUUUUUGUUUCAAACUAGUUGUAUUCGUAAGUGGCAAAAACUUGUAUAAGAUAAAGAAACCAGAAUCAAAUGUCAUUGCAAGAACAUGUUCUUGUAUUUAUGUAAGUUUAAAUAUAUUUUUGAAUGUUCUUAUUUUAAUUCUAAAUCAACCCAAAUCUUAUACAAUUAUUUAAUUUAUAAUAUUAUGGUACAGUAAAUACUUUUUAAAACAGCAAGCAGUUUAAAAAAAUAAUAUUAACUAUAUUACCUAACUAAUAUUUUAACUAUUAGUUAAAUGUAUACAUAGGUUAUUAAAAAUAGUCGUAUUAUAAUAGACAGUCAUAAUUUUAUUUUGCAGCGUGCAUUAAAGAAUAGAAUAACAGGGGUUCAAAAACAAUCUUCAGAAGCUCAUUGGCUAUACUAUGCAGAUGACAAGUUUUCAGAAAAAGAAAUUUCAGAAAUAUGUUCUGCUUUUGACAUCAUAUAUUUGUCUAUUCCAUUUCCAUUAUACUGGGCUUUGUCAGAUCAACAAGUAAUUACGGGAAUAAUUAAUAAUAAUUACCUUAGCUACUUUAUUACAGCCUAUUAAUAAAUUAAGGAUUAUAUGGAGUGAGUUCGCUUUGGUAUUUGAACACUGUGGGGCUUAUAAGCGCUUAUUAGCAUUACUGCACCCCGCUGUUCGGUAUUGCGUGAUAAUGCUCAGAUUGCAGACGUCACUGAUUUGAGAGCUUCGAACCGCGCUCACAAACGCUUUGACAAAAUAGUGCAGAGUAAUCAUUUGCGUUAUUAUAUAUUCUUAUCUAAUCUGUUUAUUUUAUAAACCGGAGAAAAACCCUACUACUACUAUUAAUAUUACUAAUAUAGCAUUCCCAGAAGAUAAAUAAUAUUUAGGAUUUUGACUAUUAUUUAAUUUAUUAUUUGGUGUGUUAUUGAAUUUAAAAAAGUUAUAAUAUCAAAUAUUAGUUGUGAGACAAAUGUGUUGAAAGAUGGUGAAGAUGGGCAAUUUAAUUAAAUUAGUUAAUUCUAAAUUGCUGGGGAAGACUCACAACGCAUAAAAACGGGUACUUUAAAAGUGAAUUUAGAAUACCGAAUAUUUUGUUGCAAUAAACUCACACUAAAUUUGCAGCAUACUAAAAAUUAUCACAAUCAUCUCCACUUUCCUCGGACGAGGGAUCCGAUGAAGAAAAUAGAAUAUCACAGCAUUGUUUGACAGCUAACAUAACUAAUUUUUACUUUUUAUUCAUUGUAUUUUCAUACUAUUUUUUUUAAUAAUUCGUUUCUUCUAGUGUUGGGGAAAAUUCGGAUUUGCUGAAGUUCGAUAGUUCGGUUUUCGGAAUUCAAAAUCAAAAAUUUACUUAAAAUCUGAGUUUUAGAUUUUGAAACUUUGGUUUUACAUACUAUUAGGCAUUUUUUUUUUAUUAAAUUCACAGUUAUUAAUUUAUUUAGUAUAUAUAAUAAAUAGAUAAAUAUAAUAUGAAUUAUCCUGAUAAUAAUAUUUUAAAGUCACACUAAGUAAAACUAUCAAAUAAAGAUAAAAUACCACUGGAAAAUAUGAUAGAAAUAUUUUUUUUCUCUAUAAAAUCAUUUAAAUACACAUUUUAAAUUAUAAGUGUAACGAGGGAUCCAUAGAGAAAUAUCGGCGUUUCCGAAUUGUGUAUGAACAUUAUAAUAUGGGUCGAAUUGCGUGUGCGGUUUUUAGAGAGGGUCGGAUUGCGAGCGCAGUUUUUUUUUAAAUUUUUAGAUUCUGUCAAAAAAUGUUCUCUUGGAAAUACUCAUAUUUGUUGAUUCUAUGAGCGGGUUUUAUUAAUUGAAGGGAAAACUGAAAAACACACAACAUAUACAAAAAAAAAAAAAUGGAUAAAUACAAGAAGGUAUAUUGAAUACAAAUUAUAUUAAAAAUAAAAAAGUUAUCGAAAUAAAUACUUCGAAUCAGUAUGAAAAUUAAAAUAAUACUAUAGAGUAUAGUACUAUAAUCAGUUUUAUUACUCACAGUGUUAUACUUUUCAUGAAGUUGUUUUAAAAAAAAAAAAUAUGUUUCAAAUAAUUUCGCGGCACCCUGGUUGGGAACCUCUGUAUUAGGUACUGAUUCUAGGAGAAUACUAUAGUCUAGGAGAAAACCCAUAAAACAGUGUAUCGAAUUCACUAGCUAUAUUUAACAAAUCGGCGAAAACCAGUUGUCUGUUCAAAUGUUGCGGCACAUAAUUCGAACAAUUAAUGUGCACGCAACUUAGUUGUCGGAUAAUCCGGAUCUACAUUACAUCACUAGUAGUUGUUCAUCCAAUUGGAAUAUUCACAAUAAUUCAAAAAUAUAAACCGGUAAAAUAAUAUUUAUCACGAUCAACAGUCGUAAAAAUUCUCAUCUUGUUAUCGAUACAUUUUUGAUAACGCUCUCGCAUGUAAAUACCGCAAAAUAAACGGUUUGUGAGCGCGAGCCUUAGAUCAUAUAUUAUGGAUAGAGCUACUACAUGAUAAACGCGACAUCAUUAUUAACGAGUGCUAAGGGGACUGAUGUCUAUUGCGCAUGCGUAUCAAUACUCGUCGCAUAUUUAUCAAAUAAUCAUUAUAAUACCAACAGGCAGUGAUGGUAGGUACAUCACACGUGAUUACGUGAAUUCGACCAAUAAUUGGUAAUUAUUGCGUGCAAUAGCGUUUAAUAGCGAGGAAUAUCGUGUUUAUCUUGGCAACAGACACGGGGGCGAUGCGGUACUGCAGUUCAUAUUGAACAAUUAACUUUCUAGAUAAUGGUGACAACCAGUGGGGCACACAGAGAGAGUUAAGAGGUCAUAACCCUCUCUGAAAUGUCUUCAUUACAUUUUUUUAAAUCAAGUUUUACAUUCAACAUGAUUGUACUGUACUGAUAAUAUAUGCUAUCCUCUCUAAGAAAUUAUUAUAAACAAAACCGCUCCAGAAAAAAAAACCUGUGUGCGCUAUUGGCGACGACGGCAAUUUAUUAUGACAUUCGUCGUCUACGUAACUAUGUAUGCCUCGUCGAGUGGGCGGCGACCGGUGUCGUUCGGUUAUUUAUAGCAUAUUCGCUGCAUAAUUAUCCAGUAUAAUGAUAAUUUUAUUAUAUGCCUACGUAAAUUUAAAAACCAAUGAUUAUUUCAUCAGUACGAUAUUAUUUGUAAGUCUCACGAGAAAUUUUAAAAUAACUAUUAAAUUUGUAGGUAGGUAAUUUAUUUUUAAAUAUUUUCAUGAGAUUUCGGAGGAAGGGUAACUCCCCUGCGUUUGCCGCUGGUAUUCUUAUUUUAAUAAGCAUAUAAUAAGUUAUCGCUACCGCCUACCGGCAACGGCGGCGACAUAUUAGAAUAAAUUGUGACAUUUGACAACGCGACAAUGAGAACAAUAAUUUUAUCGUUUAUGCGAUUUAAUAAUGUUAAGUCUUCAGUUUUAGACUUUGAGGAAUGGAUUGGUUUUUCUAUAAUACGGUUUUUUUGUAGUCCUAUCAGCAUGUGUUAGCCUUUUUUCUAAUUAACAAUUUACAAAUUGUAUACUGUUUAUGUUGAAUGUAAAUCACAAAGUAUUUUAUUAAUAAGCAUUGGCAAUUUCAAUAUCAGCAAUUGAAAAAAAAGUACAUAUUUGGUAACACCAUUCACGGUAAUAAAUAAAUUACAGGGUUUAUAAUAAUAUCUGUUAAUAUCGACCGAUUAUUAAAAAAACUUGUUUCUGCCUCCCGGAUAAUGUUAACAUGAAUUGAUUUAAAUGCAAAACAAAUAUACAUGAUUUUGUAAAACAUUUAAAUUAUCAUUAAACUUAUCAAACAACUUUUAGGGUUCUCGUUGGACAUUACAAGCCACUUUAAUGGAUGGUAGAAUUAAUAUUCUCAAUUGGACAAUGAAACCUGAUCAAAUGCAAGUGAUAAAUCCACUACUCAUUUUACUGUUGAUUCCACUAUUUGAAACAUUAAUUUAUCCGAUAUUAGCCAAAAUCGGUAUUCGAAAACCAUUACAAAAAAUGGCUUUGGGUGGUAUUUUAUGCGCUUCGGCUUUUGUUCUAUCAGCUAUUGUACAAAACAUGAUUAUCGUGAGUAUAAUAUAAUAUUAUUUUUAAUUAAGUUGAAAUAAUGUUUCAAUAUGUGUAGCAAGUAAAAAUAUUAUUGAUUUUAUUUUGUUUGAAUUUCUCUUAAAUUUAUAUUUGCGUCGAUACCGACUUAAAAAUUGAAUUUCUGUACCUUUUUAAAUAGAUUUAAAUUACACGAUCUAUAAAUGCCUACAUUAAAAAAUAAAAAAUAAAAUAUUUCAUUGGUUAUAUAAUUUAUAGUAGAUAUAUUGUAUUUUUAUUCAAGGAAUGCAAUAUUUUAGAUUCUGAGUGUAGCGAAGAAUGUAUUGGUUUUAUAUAGAUAUAUAUAUAUUUUAAUUUUAUUUGUAUUAUUAUUAUUUUUUAACCUGUGAAUAACUUUUCUACAAGAAAUUUUGCUCUGAUUUUAAAAUAUAGAACUUUUUCUGAAAGAAAUCUGACUUAGGUAUUACUUUAGGAAGGUUAUUUUUGAUUUUUCCAGGAUUUUUCAUAAACUAUGGGAAAAACUAGGAGAAACGGAAAAUGCUCGGAAUGUUUUAUUUUCAAUUCAUAAAUAUUUCGGAUUUUCAAAACAUGUAUAAUCAAACUCUGCUCAGAAUCACUUUAGUUCACAGUUAUCGCUUUAAUAUACAUAUUGUUUGAGAAUUUUAAAUUAGUCUUAUAACUUUAGCUCAUUUUAGCAGUAGACAUUUUUGCGUUUGGAUUUUUAUUACUUAAAUAAAUGUACCUAUAUAAUAUAUUUAUUUAUUAUUUUAGGGUGAAUCUACUCACAUACCACCUGGAGAGGCCCAAUUAAGAUUGAUUAAUGGAUUUGAUUGUAACGUAACACUUAAUUCGCCAAAUUUAACUGUUCAUAAUUAUUUAGGUCCACUUAACUCAUUAAAGAUAAGUAAUUUAGGAGUUUCUAAUGAAGUAUCAUUUCCAAUUAAAUUCAUCGUUGAUCCCUCGUGUUCGUCAAAAUUACGAACAACAAACUAUACUGGUAUAGUUUCUAUUGCUGAAGGCAAGGUAAGUGAAUCUAAAAACGGUUAUUUUAUUUUAUUAUUUAGGCGUAUAUAUAUAAUUUCAACAUUACAAUAUUUAAUACUAAAAGUACAAUAAAUUACAGGCAACUUCGUAUUUUUUAACUUAUAAAAAAGAACAACUUGAUUUAAGAAGACUUGGUUUUGCGGAUGACUCAAAACGUCUGAAUGGUGAUUCAGUACUAAAGUAAAUAUAUUAUUUUAAGAUGUAGACUAUAAUUACAUAUUAUACAAGUAUGAUUUUUUUCUCUUAUGAAUUUCUAUCAAGUUAUUAGGAUUUUUAAUUCCAAAUAAUGGUGUAGCUAGGGGGGGGAUGUUUUGGUGUUCAGACAUCUUCCUUUAACUAUAUUUAUACCAACAAUUAUAAUUUUUACUAUAUUAAUAUGCAGUUAUACAUCAGAUUUCUACAAGGCGUGUAGCGUAUUGAUAAUUAUUAAGUAUAUUAUUAAGUUAUGUGUAUUACAUACACACAUAAAGAUAGUAACAAUGUUACAUAUAGACAUAAAAUAAAAACAACCCCCUAAAAAAAAAUUCUGGCUACACCACUGAUUUCAAAACGUAUUAAUCAAAAAUACUAACCCAAAUAUUGAAAUAUGUAAUUUGUCCUAUUUAUAUUAGUGAAUAUAACUUUUGUUAUUAUCAGGGUCGUGAGCAGCCUUGAUUUUGGUGAGAAUGUCAUAAAAUUUAUUGACAAAGAAAGCGACAAUACACCAAUUGAAUUUAGUUUAUUACAGCCAUGGCAAAUAGUUGAAUUACCUCUUAGAAAGUAAGAUAUUUAUAAAUAAUAUGUUUGUACACCGCAAAAUUUGCCUAAAUAAUUCUAAUAGUCAAUUAAAUUCAUUAAAAAAUGUUGCAUAGGUAUCCAUUUAAUUUCACACCGACAAAAACUCUGUAAAAUUUAUUUUUUCUCGAUUCCCUAAUUCUACCCACUUUACUAUCAAAGUUGACUGUUGUUGAUUAGUAAUUAAUUUUUUUUUUCAUCAGAAUUAUCGAAUUAUUUUAUUUUUUAGCUAUCAAGUAUUUUUAGACGAUAAAUUCAUUACAGAGAUACAUCUUUUACCAUCUAGUGUAAAUACACUUGCCUUGCAACUUAACGAAGGAAAAGUAGUAAGUAUAAUAUAAUGUAUUUUCUUAUUGAGUUAAUUAUCUUUAAUUUAUUGGAUUUUAACUAAUUAUAUUCAUCACCUCUAUUAAUAUUUGUAUUCAAUUUAUAGGAUUCAAAUUUUGUAGUCCUGGAGAAAGGUAAUUUUAUUCAUAUGGCAUGGCAAUUACCUCAAAUCAUUGUAGUAACUGUUGCAGAGAUUUUAUUCUCAAUUACGUCAUUAGAAUUUUCAUUUACCCAGGUAGAGUAUACCUAUUUUUGAUCGUUGUACAUUAUAAUUGUAAAUAUAUAUAUAUAUCAGUGAUAUUUCCUUGAAGGCACCUACAAGUAUGAAAUCUUUAUUGGCGGCAGUUAAUUUAUUAACGGUAGCAUUUGGGAAUUUGAUAGUAGCAAUCGUGUCUGAAGUACGAAUUUCCCAAAAUCAGGUAUGUUAAAUAUAAUACAAUAUAGUAAUACAAAAUAUUCUAUAUGUGUUUUAAAUUUAAUAUUUUCUUUAGGUUUAUGAGUAUUUGUUUUUCGCUGGACUCAUGGUAUUGGACAUGAUAAUAUUUAUUAUAAUGAGUCUUAAUUAUAAAUACAAAAACUUUUCAACUUGA